GAACAACAAAAAAAACUAAGUAGAAAUAGAAAAAGAGGUGACGACGAGUUAGCCGAUUGCCGAAUAGUUAGAAAAAAAGGAAAAUUAAAUUUAAAAUGUAAAAUAUUGCAUGUAAAUUAACUGUUAAAGUAAAGGAUUUAGCAAAAACCAUCAAAAGUAGUUUAAAAACAAACAAAAAAUGAUGACCACACAGUUAUUAAGAGGUGGCAAGCAAAAGACAAAAUCUUGUGUAGGAAUGACCGUGAUGUCCAAGACUUCAAUAGCGGAAAUAUGUGAGAAUGCCAAGUUGGCCAGAGAUAUGGCUUUGACCGGUAAUUAUGACUCAGCCUCCAUAUACUAUGAAGGUUUACAGGGUCUAUUGGCACGCAUGAUUUCCUCAACAAAUGAUCCGCUUAGAAAAGGAAAAUGGACUAUGGUUAAACAGCAAAUUACCAAGGAAUAUUCUCAAAUUAAGGAAAUUCAACGAACCUUGUCUGAGAUGACUUUGGAUUUACAGAGUUCACAAUUUGCAUCGAAAUUAAGAACACAAACCAGUGAAACAGAAACUAAAGAUCCUUCUUCGUGGUUUCGUCCCGAUCCUGAUAUCUGGACACCACCACCCAAGGAUCCUGAUGUCUGGGGACCACCAAGACCAGAAAAACCCGCUGUUCCAAAUCGUAAUCGCAAUGUAACCGGUAAAAAAUCCAUACCCACAAAAAGCACAAUACCUACACGUAAUAGUGCCUCUAGCAAUGGUUUUAAUAAAAAAUCCACAACAACAGCAACAUCAUCCUCGGCACGAUCAACAAAUUCACGUACAUCAAAUGUAAAUCAACGUAAAUCAGCAGCAUCGUCAUCCUCAUCGAGUAAUAAUAAUGCUUCCAAUAAUAAAGAUGAUAAUAACUCAAAUAAAGAUAAUGAUGAAGCCAGAGAUGAAGAAUCACCCGAUCAAGAGGAUAAAGAAGAAAAGAAAUUUCAACCUAAUAAUCAUAUUGAAGCAGAAUUAGUUGAUAUUUUAGAACGUGAUAUUUUACAACGUAAUCCUAAAAUACGUUGGAAUGAUAUUGCCGAUUUACAUGAUGCUAAACGUUUGCUAGAAGAAGCUGUUGUAUUGCCCAUGUUAAUGCCAGAUUAUUUUAAGGGCAUUCGUCGUCCAUGGAAGGGAGUUCUUAUGGUCGGACCACCCGGUACAGGCAAAACAAUGUUAGCCAAAGCUGUGGCUACCGAAUGUUGUACCACUUUCUUUAAUGUGUCCUCGUCCACACUCACCUCAAAAUAUCGUGGCGAAUCGGAGAAAAUGGUACGUUUACUCUUUGAAAUGGCAAGAUUCUAUGCGCCCAGUACAAUAUUUAUCGAUGAAAUCGAUUCUUUAUGUUCACGACGUGGUUCGGAAUCCGAGCAUGAAGCUUCGAGACGUGUCAAAUCAGAACUGCUGGUACAAAUGGAUGGUGUAGGCAGUGAAGAAGCUAAUAAAGUUGUAAUGGUAUUGGCGGCCACCAAUUUUCCCUGGGACAUUGAUGAGGCAUUAAGACGUCGUUUAGAGAAACGUAUCUAUAUACCGCUGCCGUCCGAUGAGGGAAGAGAAGCAUUGUUGAAAAUUAAUUUAAGAGAAGUAAAAGUCGAUGAUAGUGUAGAUUUAGGAGAUAUUGCUAAAAAACUUGAAGGUUAUUCGGGUGCGGAUAUAACAAAUGUGUGCAGGGAUGCUAGCAUGAUGUCCAUGCGUCGUAGAAUUGCGGGAUUAACACCGGAAGAGAUACGUCAGCUGGCUAAGGAGGAAGUGGAUUUGCCAGUAUCAAAUCAAGAUUUUAGCGAGGCCAUAAGUCGUUGCAAUAAAAGUGUUUCGCAAGCUGAUUUAGAUAAAUAUGAAAAAUGGAUGGCUGAAUUUGGUUCAUCAUGAUGGCCUCAUUUUUAUAACAAUAACAAUAAUAACAACACUAACACCAACGACAGCAUAGUCAGCAGCGCAAGCAAUUGUGUUAACAACACUAAGCGCCGCAUGCUGUUGUAAUAUACAACUAAGAUUGAUGAAGAGGUUUAAAGAAAAAGCAAGCAGCGAAACAUUUGGAAAAUUAUUUUGUGAAAAUUUUAGCCAAGCUAAUACACACACUCACACUCUUACAAUUACACUCCUGCCAAAAUGGGGAAAUAAAUACACAUCAAUUGUUAAACAAAUAACAACGCAUUUUCACAAAGUGAUUAUUUAAUUUUAAACAGCAAACUAAGUGCUACAUCUCCUAUUCCUGCUCACACACACACACAGCCAACCACAAAUCCUUACAUAAAUCAAUAGAAAACUUACACUGCAAAUACACACACAGAUAUAAUUGCAAAUAAAAUGCAAUUUUAUGAAAGUAAUAAAUAAAACCUACAAAAAAAGACUAACAAAUUCUUAAUUAUAAGAGUAAAAAAAUAAAUCAAC